AUGUCACAGAGGUCGCUAUUUAAAGGAAAGAAAUUAGAUAGAGAUGGUGGAUUAUUAUCCAAUUCAUCAUCAAGAAAUCAAUCAAGAUCAAGAACUCCAAUGAGAUCAGAUGAUUCAGAUUAUGAAAGUGAUUAUGAUGAAAAUGAAUUAUUAAAAAUUGAAGAAAUAUUAAGGGAGAAGCUAACUGCUUUAAAUACUCAAGAUAUGGGAGAAGUAGGUAAAGAAGAUAGAAUAAGUUCAAAAGAUAGAAGACAAUUUGAAGCUCAUCAAUUAAAUAAUAAAAGAAUUCAAGAAAAUUCAAAUAUAAAAGAUAUUAUUACAAGUUUAACAUUUUCAAGAAGUGAUAUAAGUUCUCAAUCUAGGGAAUUAUUAUUGACUCAAUUAUAUAAAAUUAUAAUUUCAAAACCACUUGUAAUAUAUAAUGAAGAAAAUAUUGGAAAUAAAUUGAAUUAUGUUGAUGAAGAAACUGUUUCAAUAUUAAUAAAUCAAUUUACAAAUAGUAAUUAUCGAAGUGAAUUGGAAUUUUUAUAUUUAUUUAAAUCUGUGAUUGCAUUAAUUUGUUCUGAUAUUGAAGAAUUUGGAGUAUUAAUAUCAAAUGAUUUUUUAAGUCAUAUUCAACAAUUAAUUCAAGGACCUGUGAAUAGUAUCGUAACAUCAGAAAAUAAAUCAAAUAUUAUAAUUGGGUAUACGACAUUGACAUUAAUAUUGUACAAUGAUUCCUCAAGUUUUGGAAUCGAUGAUAAAGUUUCAUUAUUGAUGGAAAUUGCAGAAGGGUAUAGUGCGAGUGCAACGACUUUACAAAAACAAAUUGAACUGGGAGAUCGAGAGCAUGCUACAUUUAUAACGGAUAAAAACUUGGAUAAGAGACUAGUUAAUGAGGCAACCUCAAAAGUUUUAGCUGAAGCUUCGGUUGCCACAUCUGCAUUAAAUGGUGUUGGGUGUCUAUUGACAUUGAUGAAAAAAGGUUCAUAUUUAAAUGAAAUAAUGGAGGACCUAAUGAUAAGGUUAGUACCAUUAUUAGACAAUGACGAGAAUAGAGACAUUGCCAAAGCGGCGGGUAAAGUAAUAGCAUUGAUCUAUGAACUAUAUGAUUAUGGAGUUGAAAAGGUUGAAAGUAAUGGAAAUGAAGAAGAAGAUGAAGAGUAUAAUUUGAAUGCGCCAUAUUAUGAGCAAGAAACGUUAUGUUCCAUCCUUACUAGACUACUUAAUUUAUCAUCUAAGAAAGUUUCCAAGAAAGACAAAAAAGAAAUAAGUUCAGUGUUUAGAAACAUUCUAAACACCAUAAGGAUAUAUACAAACAAUACUGAAAGGGAACAAGUUUACAAAGGAACAAAAGAAGGAGUAGAGUUAUCUCAACAAAUAAUGGAUUCAUCUUACAUUAAAUUAUCAAAAUAUAGAAUAAUCAAAGUAAAUUCAUGGUAUUUAUACAUAAGAUUAAGACAUUUAAAAUGGUUAUUUUCAUUUGGGUUACAUCUGCAAUUAGUGAAUAAUGAAUCAGUAAGAGAUGUUUUGAAACUGCCUGAAAAUGAAUAUUCUUAUGGAAGUUCACUUACUCAAGAUUAUGAAUAUUUUGAUGAUGAUGAUGAAAGUCUGAAUCAAUAUCAUCAUACAUUAAAUAGUAUUAAUGAUAAACAAAGAAGUUCUAAAAGAAAAAAGGAAAGAGUUGCAAAAUUAGAUGAACAAUUGGAAGAAUUGAAUUUGAAUGUAUGA